AUGCGAACCCGGCUGGCUUCGCUGAUCGUCGUGAAACAGGAGCCACUGUCGCCCUCGCCGCCACCCCCGCCAUCGCUUCCUCCCGCGCACCUACCCCUGUCCGGUAGCUCGUCCUCCUCGUCCGGCUCCUCGUCGUCGUCGUCCUCGUGUUCCUCCUCGUCACCACCGACCAGCCUCUUCCGGUCGUCGCUCGUGGUCGCCGAUGGCGAUGGGCUGCAGUGCCAUUACGGCAGCUUUGGUCCCAUUUCCGGCCCGGUCGAAGUGAACAAUAAUCUGCGCACCGACGGUGUGGCGCAGUACUUCUGUGAGCGAAAUGGCCACGAGUUCGCCGCGAACGGACUCGGAGGCGAUCUGAACAACAAUGAUCAGCCCGGCAAGGAAUUUGAGUUUUUUAACGAGAAGAAGUGUGCUCCCCAACUGCUAUCGCGAGUGGCAACCUCACCGGUCCCAUCGGCGAUCCCAUCCGCUGACCCCACGUCAGCGACGCCCCAGACAGCGAGUCUGACGAGCGCCGGGAGUCCCCUGACGCAGCCGCCGACGCCGACGCAGCACGCUCGCAGUGGUCCCGGUUCCGCCUCCGGCACCAGCGACCAUCCGAACGACCACCUGCGCAAAGCAACCGCGGACAGUAGUAGCAGCUCAGCGACAAGCAUGUUACUGCUGCAGCCACAGGCAUCAUCUUUUAGUUCCGUUUCUUCAUUUGAUUAUUUACUGUCACAAUCGCAGAGCCAUCAUCAGGAGCAGUCCUAUCAUCUGCCGCAAACGCAGCCGCAACAGCAGCACCAGCACCAGCAGCAGCAGCAGCAGCAGCAACAUCAACAUCACGCUCAUCAUCCCCAGGUGGGGUUUGGACAUUCCCAGCCAACCCACCAUCAGCAGCAUCAGCAUCAUCUGCAGCAGGAGCAGCAACAGCUCGCCUCCGGGCUCGACAAGUUCGUGGAGCUGUUCAGCUGCACCGCUCAGCAGCACACGCCGGCCGAAGCGAUCGCGCCCGAGUCGUACCUAGCGGACCAGACGCAACAUUCCAACAGCUCCAGCGAUACCCUCGUGGGGCUCGAGGACACUCCGUCCACCUUCGGGGGAUCGAGCGAGAGCAUCCCGACGGCGGUGCUGAAGGCGAGCUACAAGGAGGAGCUGCCGAGCCCUUUCAGUGCCGGGCCGUCGACGCGCGCUCCGACCACCGAACCGCCCGACGCCGAUCUGCUGUUCGAGUCGUCCUCCACCGAGGAGCUCGGACUGCUAACGCUUCGCUCCAGCAGCGACCCGGUGUUGGCCAGCAGUGCCCGCAUCCCGCAAGCACUCGUGCAAGCGACCGCAGCCCAACAACAACAACAGCAGCAGCAGCAGCAGCAACAACAACAACAACAGAUUCCGUCCCUGCAGAUCCAGCGUCCCAGCACAUCCGGGCAGCAGCUCGGAGCGGCAGGUAGCGCGUCGAGUGCCGGACUGCCCAGCUUCCAGGAGACGUACCCGAUCAAGUACAACCAGCUCGCCAGCUACGGGCUGAAGAUGGACGACGACUGCUUCAAGAUGGCCACCUCACCGCACCACCAUCAAGCCGUGACGGCGGCGUACGCACACCACGGCAGCGUCUACGGGCAUGGCCAUCAGCAUCAUAACCCUCAUCACCAUCAUCACCACGGUGGUGUUGGAGGUGGCGUCGGCACGAUCGGUGUUGCCACCGGGCUCCACCAGGGACACUACGAACUGUCACCGCACGCGGGUGGACCGGGUGGAGGUGGUGGUGGUGGAAUUACCCAGUAUAACAACCCAACCCCGGGGCCUCAAGCGGCUGCAACCGGGGGCAGCUUCUAUUCGCCAUCUUACGAGCAACAUCCUGCGAAUUACGGUGGGCAGGUUACGACGCAGGAUACGUAUUCACUGCCACCAUUUCCAACCGUGGCCGAACUGCACGUGGCCACCACUUGCCAUCGACGGUCGUCGCUGCCGGUUCAGCGCUCGGAGUCCACGUCCAGCAGCGAGAGCCCGAAACCACCCCGGAUUGCCAUCUACACCAAGUACUCGGCACUUCCGAGCGCCUCCAGUUCGGCUUCCAGCUCGCCGGGCUACAUGAAUAACAACAAUCCGAACACGAUCAACAACAAUGAGGUGGCGGCUGCGGCGGCGGCGGCUGCUGCUGCGGCGGCAGCGGCGGUUGGUGGAGCAACUGCGCCCUCUGGUGUGGUUGUUGGCGGUGGUGGUGGUGGUCCACCGACACCGGGAGUGGCAACUCCUGUACCAAGAGUCACUCCAGCACCGCAGAGUGCAUCGCAGCUGUGCGCUGUUUGUGGCGAUACGGCCGCAUGUCAGCACUACGGCGUACGCACCUGCGAAGGAUGCAAGGGAUUCUUCAAGCGCACCGUCCAGAAGGGCUCGAAGUACGUCUGCCUGGCGGACAAGGCGUGCCCGGUGGACAAGCGGCGCCGGAACCGGUGCCAGUUCUGUCGCUUCCAGAAAUGUCUCGCCGUCGGCAUGGUGAAGGAGGUGGUACGUACCGAUUCGCUCAAGGGCCGCCGAGGCCGGCUACCGUCGAAGCCGAAGUCCCCGCAGGAGUCCCCACCGAGCCCGCCCGUCUCGAUGAUUACGGCGCUGGUGCGGGCGCACGUCGAUACGACUCCCGACCUGGCCAGCCUCGACUACAGCCAGUACCGGGAGCCGGGCCAGAACGAGCCGAUCAUCUCCGAGGCGGAGAAGGUGCAGCAGUUCUACAACCUUCUCACCACCUCGGUGGACGUGAUCAAGCACUUUGCCGACAAGCUGCCCGGCUACAACGAUCUCAGCGUCGAGGAUCAGGAGUUGCUGUUUCAGUCCGCCUCGCUAGAGCUGUUCGUGCUGCGGCUGUCGUACCGCGCCCGGAGCGACGACACCAAGAUGACCUUCUGCAACGGGGUCGUCCUGCACCGCCACCAGUGCCAGCGGUCCUUCGGCGACUGGCUCAAUGCGAUUCUCGAGUUCAGCAAGAGUCUGCACGCGAUGCAGAUCGACAUCUCCGCCUUCGCUUGCCUCUGCGCGCUCACGCUGGUUACAGAACGCCACGGACUGCGGGAGCCGAAGAAAGUCGAACAGCUCCAGAUGAAGAUCAUCAGCAGCUUGCGCGAUCACGUCACGUACAACUCGGAGGCGCAGCGCAAACCGCACUACUUCAGCCGGCUGCUCGGGAAGCUGCCGGAACUGCGCUCCCUCAGCGUGCAAGGGCUGCAGCGAAUAUUCUAUCUCAAGCUGGAGGAUCUCGUGCCCGCACCGCCACUGAUCGAGAACAUGUUUCUCGCCAGCUUACCCUUCUAG